AUGACCGACAUGGCGGCACAACUGAAAUGGAUAUUGUCUAUGGUGGCAAUAAUGACGUUGACUGGACUAAACGAUGCAGCGACGGCCGCGGACGACUGUUUGCCCAGGAAGUUCGCGUACGGCACGGUGUGCGUGUGCAACUCGACGUACUGCGACCGGACACCGGAACCGGAAACACUGUCGGCCGGCAAGUACGCUUUGUACACGUCUUCGAACGCCGGAAGUCGGAUGCGCAGGAGCAGCGGGUCUUUCGUGCCGUCGCUCGACUCGCAAUGGUCCGGCGACGAGAUAGACGUGGAUGCGACGACCACGUACCAAACCAUUCACGGGUUCGGCGGCGCGUUCACAGACUCGGUGGGCAUCAAUGUCAUGGCGCUGAGCCCGAACACCCAACUGAAUCUUCUCAAGUCUUAUUUCGCUGACGACGGCAUCAAGUAUAACAUUGGACGAGUGCCGAUCGGCGGCACUGAUUUCUCGACGCGCAAAUAUACGUACGCCGACAGCAAAGGCAUUCCUGACCUGAACAAUUUUGACCUGGCCCCCGAAGACGCAGAAUACAAGAUACCACUGAUAAAGACCGCAAUGAGUAUGGCGUCGGACGAAAUUAAGUUGAUCGGGUCGGCGUGGUCAGCCCCGCCGUGGAUGAAAACCAACAACGACUAUUCUGGUAUAGGUUUCCUCAAGCCAACAUUCAUGGAAACGUGGGCGGAAUACCAUAUAAAAUUUUUGAACGCGUACAGCAAACAAAACCUGACUUUCUGGGCGCUGACCACAGGGAACGAACCGCUCAACGGUAUCGUGCCCGUUAACCGAUUCAAUUCUAUGGGCUGGACACCGAUGUCACACCGUGAAUGGAUCGGACGUCACAUGGGGCCCCGGUUAAGGAGUUCAGAACACAACAGAACGCUGUUGUUCGCCAUCGACGACCAGAGGAUCGUAUUGCCUUGGUGGAUGAAAAUGCUUAUGAGCGACGAACAAUGCGCAAAGCACAUCGAUGGAAUAGCCGUGCACUGGUACUUAGACUUUAUCGUUCCUGUUAAAGUUUUGAAUGAAGUGCACAAGAACUUUGGUGACAAGAUCAUAAUGAACACUGAAGCGUCGCAAGGUGACAAGCCGUGGGAUUUCGUAAAAGUGCAAUUGGGAAGUUGGGCCAGAGCAGAAAAUUACGCGAACAACAUCAUCGACGAUUUAAAUCAUUGGGUGCAAGGAUGGGUGGAGUGGAAUUUAGCUUUAGACAUGACAGGAGGUCCGACCUGGGUGUCUAACUUUAUCGACUCACCCAUUAUUGUUGACAAAACUAAAGAUGAAUUCUACAAGCAACCAAUGUUCUACGCGAUUGGACAUUUUUCAAAAUUUAUUUCCAGAGGUUCUACGCGCAUAAAGUUGACACAGACGUCCGUUGUGAAGUCAGUCGGUUUUAAAAGGCCUGAUGGAGCAGUGGUUAUUGUUCUAUACAACAGGAGGAACAAACCAGUCAACAUUUCUAUCAAGGAUCCACAACGAGGUGUUAUAGGUCUCAGUUUACAAAAACAAUCUAUAAAUACACUAAUUUUUUGGUGA